UGACGAUCUACAGAUACCCCGCUUGCCCUGCGUGUAACCCUACAGCUGAAGUCUUAGGGAGCGAGUGUGUCUUUGUUGAUACUUGUGGAAUGCUUUCCUCUGUAUUCGAAUAAUUCACUUACUCAUUACCAUGACUGACGACAUCGAGACUGGCUUCCAAGCAGCCAUCGACGCCGGCCGGAUCAAUGGCGCUGUCAUCUGCGCGACCGACGCCCAGGGUAAUUUCGUCUACAACAACGCCAUCGGGGAACGCACGCUGCUCUCAGGCGAGAAGAAGCCGCAGCGGAUUGAUGACGUGCUAUUCCUGGCAUCGGCCACCAAGCUGAUCGCCACCAUCGCAGCCCUGCAAUGCGUCGACGACGGCCUGUUGAGCCUCACCGGCGACCUGUCCGCGAUUGCGCCGGAGCUCGCAGCCAAGGAAGUCAUCACGGGCUUCUCCGAAGACGGGGAAACGCCGCUGCUCAACCGGGCGACGCGCCCCAUCACGCUGGAGAUGCUGCUCACGCACAGCUCCGGCGUCAGCUACGACUUCGCCAACCCGCUCAUCGGCCAGUGGCGCCAGAAGUUCGACCAGGUGCCCGAGGGCAAGCGUCGACCCGUUGAGGAGGCCUUCCGCUAUCCGCUCGGCUUCCAGCCCGGCGCGAGCUGGAUGUACGGCCCGGGGCUUGACUGGGCCGGCCGUAUGGUGGAGCGGGUUACGGGUGGUGCGCUGGGCGAGCACAUUCGGAAGCGCAUCUGCGAGCCGUUGGGCAUCACGGACGCGCAGUUCUACCCGGUUACGCGUGAAGAUCUACGCGCCCGUCUCGUCGACCUCAACCCCGAGGACCCGGACGGCGUCGGCCGCGCUGUACUCGGCGGCAACGGCGAUAUGAAUAGACGCACACUCGGCGACUUUGGCGGCCACGGCCUGUUCAUGACCGGCGCCGACUACACCAAAGUUCUACGCUCGCUGCUCGCCAACGACGGCAAGCUCCUCAAGCCGUCCACCGUCGACGACAUGUUCCAGGACCAUCUCACCGCCGAAGCCACCGCCGGACACAAGGCCGCGCUGCUCAGCCCCAUGGGCGCCUUCUUCCGCGUGGGCAUCGACCCCGGCACAAGGGCGGGCUACGGCUUGGGCGGGCUGGUGAUGCUGCAGGACGUCGACGGCUGGUACGGCGAGCGCACGCUGACUUGGGGCGGCGGCCUGACGUUUACGUGGUUUAUCGAUCGUAAGAAUGACUUGUGUGGAGUUGGCGCUGUUCAGGCGGCGCUGCCGGUGGAUGUAGAGGGCGUGGAAAUGCUGAAGCAGACGUUCCGCCGUGAUAUCUACCGCAAGUAUACUAGGUGGAAGCAGCAGUAGCGGGAGUUCAUUUAUUAUAAACUGAGCUUCACCAGCUAAUAAUGCACGUUACUCUCCGCGACGGUGACUUAAUUGGCCUUUCAUUUCCGUAGUGGCGGACUAGACAGAAACAUCCAGGAGCUCUUCAGCCAAAUGGCC